AAACCAUCUGACUGAGAAGUGACUCUUAAAUCCUCCUCAUAUCCCUGUUAUCUGAUUUGCAGGAAUCCAAGACUUAAGCAACCAUGUCGAACUCCRGCGAGGCAGAGCUCCUACACACAUUUAAGGGGAUUCCCUUUACCACCAGGUCUUCUCCAGAACUUUUAAAAUCCUUGGAUACUUUUGAUGCUAGAGAAGAUGAUGUCCUUUUGGUUUCCUAUCCCAAAUCGGGCACCCACUGGCUUGCAGGAGUUAUAACAAAGCUUUAUAAUACUCAAGUUACAAUAACAUCUCCCAUUGAAUUUGGAGACAUUUCCAAACUGGAGGAGCUGAAUAAACUCUCAUCAAAGAGAAUCAUCCCAACACACUUAGACUACAACAUGUUACCUCCAAAUUUUAAAAAUAAGAAAUGCAAGAUGAUMUACAUCAGCAGAAAUCCAAAAGACACUGCAGUUUCCAUGUUUCAUUACUACAGAGAAAACCCAAACCUUCCUACUGUAGACACCUGGACUGCUUUCUUUGACUUGUUCUUAAAAGGGAAUGUUGUCUGUGGAUCCUGGUUUGAUCAUUUCCUAAGCUGGGAAGAACAUGAAGAUGAAAAAAACAUCCUAUUUUUGUUCUAUGAAGACAUGAAGAAGGAUCUCCCUAAGGUUGUAAAGGAAAUUACUUUGUUCCUGAGUUUAAACGUCAGUGACAACGACAUCCAAGACAUCUGCGAGAAGUCCUCRUUCUCAGAGAUGAAGAACGACACAGAGAAGGAGAACAGUGAUCCCAGUCAUACYGUGUGUGCUCUGACAUCCAACAGGAAGCUGAUAUUCAGAAAAGGUGCUGUUGGUGAUUGGAAGAACCACUUCACUCCAAAGCAGAAUAUUAGGUUUGAGGAGAUAUUUAAUGAGAAAAUGAAACUCAGCAAGAUGGCAAAAUGCCUCAUCUAUGAAUUUUGAGUGCACAUCAAGAACAAUAUCCACKUAUCAACAAACAUACACACGCCAAUUGGUGGGAAAUUCUGAAUGGCUGUCCCAUUCAGUUUAUAAUAUUUCCAAUAGAAAGGAUGGUAAACGUGARAUUUUUGAGGACAGGAAAGUUCUGAAAAAAUGCCAGAGCUGAACUCAAUUCUCAGAARGCAGGUGUUUAUGGUUUCACAGAGUCAGGUGGCAGACCCAUUUUUUGACAACACAAUCUACUUCAUCAUUUAUUUAUUUUUUUUUUUGCUCCUAGGGGAUAUGAACAGACUUCUUAGAUCUAAAUUAGGAAUUUUACCCAAGAUAAUAAUAAGAAAAACACAAAAAUACAAACCUGUAGAAAACUGAAUAUAUAAAAUGUCUGAAAGCACAUCGUAAGAAAAUGACCAAAAAUUUGCUUAUUGUGUGAUACACCAUGAUUUGGAAGUUCCUUUCUUAUUGGACAUUGUUAUUGAUAAUUAAGUUGGAACCGCAGCAUUUGAAGAUGUGAAGUCUGUUUAGAAAAUGUUUCUUUUUUUCUCUCUUUUUUUUUAAACAAUAUAUCGUUCUUUUAUAUAACUUAUUUCUGGGUUAGGUACCAUGGAGUCUUUGUGUUUUAAAUGUAACUGACAGAAAUCCAAUUAAAUUUCUGCACCAUAUAUUGGGCAACCAUAAA